AUGAGGCUUCGGUUCUUGCUCUUUAUCUUACACUUCUGGGAUUGUAUUGAAUCUAGUUGCAGACUGACCGGCAGCGAGCUCACAAGCAUUUCUAUGGAUGGGAAUAUAAUAAUCGGGGCAGUGAUGCCUGUUCACAUAGACGAGAUCUACCCAAAGGUCAAUUACAAGGAGAGACCUGGUCCAGCCAACUGUAUAACCUUCAGGUUAGAUAACUACCAGCGUGCUCAAGCCGUGCAUUUCGCUGUGGAAGAAAUUAACAAAACCCCAGAUAUUUUGCCAAAUAUCACCCUGGGAUUCAAGAUCUUUGACUGUUGUAAAGUCCUCCAGAGAGCUGUGUCAGGAACUCUGCAGUUGUUAAGUGGAUAUGGAGAAUCUCUUCCUAACUAUCGAUGUAACCAGGAGACUCAAUUGGCUGCAGUAAUUGGACAUUCUAUAUCUACAUAUGCAAUUUCAAUGGCUCAUAUACUGGGGCUAUACAGGUAUCCUCAAAUCAGUCACUUAGCCACAAGUUCUCUUCUCAGUGACCGUAUACAGUUUCCAUCGUUCUUUAGAACAGUCCCAAGUGACGCCUUCCAGUCUCAAGGUCUUGCACAGCUGGUGCUGCACUUUGGAUGGACCUGGAUUGGUCUAGUGGCCAUUGAUAAUGAAUAUGGACAGCAAGGUAUCCAAAUGUUCAAGAGGGAAAUAAUAAAAGCUGGAGCCUGUGUGGCUUUCACAGAGGCCAUAGUCUCCACCCAGCAAGAUCGAAAUGCCCCACAUAUUGCUCGGGUGGUUAAAGACUCAACAGCCACAGCGGUGGUCAUCUUUUCUCCUUAUAUAGACUUAAGCUUUGUACUAGAUGAGAUGCUGAGGCAGAAUGUCACAGGAAAAGUAUGUAUUGCCAGUGAAGCUUGGUCUACAUCAUCUUUCUUGUCAGUAAGUAAAUAUUCACAACUUCUUCUUGGAACAAUUGGUUUUGCCCUCCAUACUGGAAGCAUGCCGGGGUUUGGAGAUUUCCUUAACAGGAUAAAUCCAUCAAUGAUUGUGGGAAACCAAUGGACAAAACUAUUAUGGGAACAAGUUUUUGGCUGCAAAUUCAGAGACCAGAUGUCUCCCAAAGUCAUUUCAAACUCAUCGAUAAAAGAAUGUACGGGCCAAGAAAGUCUUAAGAGCGUUCUGAACAAUUUCAAUGAUGUCUCCAGUCUGAGGGUAACAUACAAUGUCUAUCUAGCGGCUCAUGCAGCUGCAAAGGCUCUGGACAAUUUGGGUAAAUGCAAGAAGGGAGAUGGACCAUUCCUCAAUGGAUCAUGCGCUGAUAUUGAGAACUUGAAGCCUUGGCAGUUGCUGCACUAUAUGAAGAAGUUACAUCUGAACACCUCCAAUGGUAGACAACUCUUUUUCGAUAAGAACGGAGAUCCCCCUGCUGUGUACGAUAUCGUAAACUGGCAGCUGAGCCCUGAAGGACAAAUCCAACAAGUAAAAGUGGGCAGUUAUGAUACCAGUAUAACCAGUGGGAACAUCUUCACUAUUAAUACCAGCCACGUACAGUGGGGGACUGGAAACCUCAAGGUACCUGUUUCAGUCUGCAGCCCCAGAUGCCCACCAGGCUUUAGGAAAGCAGCCAUAAAUGGCCAACCUUCCUGCUGUUUUCAAUGCAUUCCAUGUCCUUACGGAGAGAUAUCUAGCCGAACAGAUUCACUACAUUGUACAGAGUGCCCAUGGGAUAUGUGGCCAAAUCCAACCCAAGAUCAUUGUGUUCCAAAGACUCAAGAAUUCCUUUCACAUGAAGAUCCACUGGGCAUCACCUUAACAACUACUGGCAUCUCCUCCUCAUUGGUUCCUGUGGUGAUCUUUGGACUUUUUAUUCACUACAGAACAACUCCCAUUGUUCGGGCCAAUAACUACUACUUAAGUUGUCUUCUCCUGUUGUCACUAUCGCUCUGUUUUCUUAGCUCUUUAGUCUUUAUUGGCUAUCCCCAGUAUGAGAUAUGUCUUUUAAGACAAGUGACUUUUGGUGUUGUAUUUUCACUUUGUGUCUCCUGCAUCUUGGCAAAAACCCUUAUGGUAGUCAUUGCUUUUAAUGCCACAAGGCCUGGGAGUCAACUAAGGAAAUGGACUAGUCCACGUGUAUCAUAUCUCAUAGUCAUCUCCUGUAUCCUUAUUCAGAUAUUUAUUUGCAUUAUGUGGCUGACAUUCUCCCCUCCCUUCUCGGAAGUCAAUUCAGAAAGUAAUUCUGGAGUACUAGUUAUUCAGUGUAAUGAAGGGUCACCAUUGGCUUUUUGGUCUAUGCUUGGCUAUCUCAGUCUCUUGGCCUUCAUUAGCUUCAUUGUAGCUUUCUUGGCCAGGAGACUUCCCGACAGCUUCAAUGAGGCCAAGUUCAUCACCUUCAGCAUGCUGGCCUUCCUGAGUGUCUGGUUGUCUUACAUUCCAGCAUCUCUAAGUUCACGAGGAAAAUAUAUGGUGGCCAUGGAGAUCUUUGCUAUCCAAUCGUCAACCUGGGGUUUGGUUAUUUGCAUGUUCAUUUUAAAAUGUUAUAUUAUUGUAUUUAGACCCGACAUGAACUCAAGGGAAAAACUGAUGUCAAAACAAAAAAAUUUUAAUUGA